AUGUACGCAUAUUACUACGCGCUCCGAAGGCUUUUGCGACAACCCGACCACAACCCGUUGAGCGCGUGUAAUUUGUUGCUCGUCGUAGUCGAUAUGGUUUUCAUCAUCUUGGCGACGGCGCACGACUAUGCGGCAAAAAUCGCCGAGUUCGAGACGUUCGUUCACACUACACUCUACGAAACCCUGUGCAAUUGUUUGGUCUACCAAAUUCCUGGAUAUUAUUGGAACAUAAUACCUGAAAAGCAGGAAAUGGAGAAUAACUUCGAGCUGUUCGAUUAUUGGCUGAAGAUCGUAAUGUUCUUCAUGCUUUUCCUCACCGACGCCGCUAUCAUCUACAAGCUGUACAAGAUGAAGAUCUUGGGGAAAACGGCUCCUGCGGCGCCUCGGUUUAGCAAAGGAGCUCCUUCUACCAUCUCACCAUCAGCCGUUUUUAUCGUCGACCCGAUGACGAACAGGACUGGAGAAUCAGUUCGGAGGGCCGCGAUGAGCCGUCUCAAGAUUAACGUCGACACCCGCCUGGCCAUCGCCUUCACCUAUAUUUUGGUGGAAACGAUAGCUAUCACUGCCUAUUUUAAGGUUAUCCAAUACAUUCCGUACAACAUCAUGAUGUAUACGAAUUUUGUCAUAAACACCGCUGAAAUUGCGAAGAUCCCCGUUUAUGUGUUGAUUGUCACGAAUAAA